CGGAACUCGAUUCGAGCCAUCGCAGAUAGAUCAUCACAACAGUUACACUCUCCGAAUUCACCAUUGGGAUCAACUAAGAAUCACAUGAGAAUGUCACACAGAAGCCUAGAGGAGAUGGCGUCAGUGUUGGGAUUCGCUGACGAGGUCUGACGACUGGCGGCAUGGCUGAAGGAAUACGAGCGUCUCGCCAUCUGGUUGGAACUAGAAGAGAACCUACACAUGGAUGGAGUGCCGGGCGAAGAGCAAAAGAAUGCUCUAAUCAGGUCAACCGUAGAAAUACUGGCAUCCAACCGCCCACACAGAUAUUUGUAUCCGCAUGUCGCAGGUAUGAAAGAGGAGAAGGAGAGUGCCGGAUGGACGACUCACGAUCACUUACUAAGAUACGUGAUUGAAAUGAUAAGAAUUGGUCGGAAGAGGUCAGAGGAGUGGGGCAAUAUGGACAACCAAGCGGCGGCAGAAUUUUGCUACGAAUGCUUCCUCCUCACCCAUCAAGAAUUGAAGAGGCAAGAUGAUGAGAGCAUCAUUGGAAAGGCAUUGAGAAGAGCGAUGAAGGCCAGGCGGAAAAAGGAGGGUACUGAGGGCAAGCAAGUUGGUCUCGAACCACAAACAAAAACCAACCUUUCAGGGAGAAAACGUGAAGCCGAAUCUCCAUUACAGAGUGCCAAGAAGGAGGUAGCGAGGGUCUCUACAAGCACAGUAGAGGCAGAAUUGGCAGCUGAGGAGACUCUAGAGGUGAGGGAAGACACAGCACAAGAUAUCUCGGAACCUAGUCAGGAAAGCCAAGGUAGUAACUGGAUGGAUGAUCUUGAUAUUGGAGAAGUAAGCGAUUGGGAUCUUGAAGGUGUGGACAAUGAUACGACAUACUUCAUCGCUGCUGUCGGGAGAUCUUCCAAUCCAAGUAGCCGCGAAGAUAGGGGAGUAGAAGAGAGGAGGUGGGGAGUUAGUUCGACCAAAUCUGGUUAAUCAAGAAUACCUCACAAAAUG